AUGCAGUCGUAUAUGUGCGUCGCGAUCUCGGACUUGCUCCGUUUUUCGAGCAUGUACUCGGCCUAUAAAAACCUCCUUAGAACAAGACCCCUUACAACCAAUUGCAUUACUACUGGAUUUCUAUUUGCUACAGGUGACAUUCUUGCACAAACUCAAUUCUCCCAUACUGAUGACAACUCAAAACCACCAUUUGAUUUUAACAGAACUUUGCGGGCAACCAUUUACGGAAGCAUCAUAUUUGCACCAAUUGGCGACCGAUGGUAUAAGACCCUAGCCAAAAUCAAAGCACCCAGAUCAAUCUCCAACUCCAAAACAGACACUUUGGCAAGAGUGAUGGCGGAUCAGUUGGGAUUUGCUCCUUUUCUAGGAGUUCCCUUGUACUACUCGGCAAUGACAUUUCUUGAAAUGCGACCAAACCCAGCCAAGGAAGCCAUUGAAAGGGUGGAGAAUAACUGGUGGUCCACGCUUAAAGUUAAUUGGUGCGUUUGGCCUGUUUUUCAACUAUUUAACUUUGGGUUGGUUCCUGUUCAGUUCCACUUGCUCACAGUGAAUGUAAUUAGUAUCGGUUGGAACUGUUAUAUUAGCAUGCUCAAUGCACGCCAUGGAAAGAUCGCGGGUGUUCCAUUGGAAGAGGAGCAGGUGAUGAUGUGA